AGGGGGGGCGAGCUUUAGCGAGAGGCCGACGCGCAAGCCGGUCGGGGGCUCCAUCCGACAGUUCCGCGGGCGUGAUCGCUUCCGUGCCUUUGCGCUCAAGCUGGCAGAAAAAUGGGCGACAGCGCUGAUGUCUGGGUGGGAAGUGCUUACCUCUUUGUCCAGUCGACCUCUGAACAUGUUCUCCUGCCCUCGCUGUAUGGAAACCCAGAGCAGAAGCCUCGUGUAUUCAAAGCGCUCAAGCUGGCAUUCGCUGAUUCUACGGGUAGCCUCAGUGGGGUAGACAUGCUGAAAAUCCACUGCAGUGACCCCCACUUGAUUGUCCAACUCAAAUUCUGCAAGCAAGAGAACUGCCGCAAAUUUCUGCAAAGUUACCGGGAAGGAGUUCUCCGGGAGGCUCUUCAGAGACAUCUCAAAGUCUCCUUGGCCAUGCCGAGCUCAGUCCCCGUCCAGACGGAGCUGAAAACUGGUGCUGGAAAGUUGGACUCUAUGCUUCCGGAGGAGGAACAUUGCUUAGAGUGCAUCUACCGAGAAAAGCCUAACCGUCUCAGGGAUGAAGAAAUUACAGAGCUGGAGGAAUCCCUCAGGAACUUGAGUUGUUACCAGGAAAGCAGCAGGAACUCUGUGAGCCCAGCAGUGGAGAGUCCGUCUCUGAAUUCUUCACUUUCACCCUACAGUUCUGGGAAGAGUCUAAGCUCUCUGCCUCAAGGGGACACCUUCACCUUCCAGGGACAGCAGUUUGCCAACAGAAAAAUCACCUUAGACGACCAUCAGAAGUUUGCCAAGCUCGUAUCAAAGAAAUGGAAGCAAGUGGGCCGAUCUCUGCAGACAAACUGCCGAGCUCUUCGGGAUCCCAUCAUUGACAACUUAGCCAUGGAGUACGAGCGGGAAGGCCUUUACGAGCAGGCGUACCAGCUGCUCCGCAGGUUUAUUGACUCCGAGGGCAAGAGAGCCACCAUACAGAGACUGAUCGCAGCUCUGGAGGAGAACGGUCUCAUAAGCUUAGCUGAGGAACUGCUGGGCAUUCGCCCCAAUGAGACUGCCGUGUAGGAGAGGGCCGAAAGGACUCCUCGUUUGAAGCUACUUGCUACACAGGGCGAUGCCUUUGAACACUCGUGUGAGUUUAGAAGUCUCUUGACCGCACCUUAGUAAUUCAAUACCAGCCCAUCCGUGGUUAUCUGCCACUGGUGGCUGCCUGUCAAAAGAAGCCACUGCAAACACUGAUUUAGGCCUGAAGAUUGCCGCAUGCUUCAGUGCUGAAAUGUGGCUGUUUUUAAGAAACACUCCGUCUUCCAGUAGGAUCCUGCGGAAAAUGGUCCUAUCAGAUCUUCACUCUUUUGGAGUUCCUCAGAGCAGAGGAGCCAAAAAUAACCCUGAACCUCUAUGUAUAAGCAAGAACUGGUGGGUGCAAGGACACAGUCUAAGUCGAGUGACCAUAUCUUUAACUAAGGCUGGUUCUGCUUAAUGCGGUCCCGGUCGCACACACAUUUUCCCCAACAUAUUGACCGUAGCAUGAAGUAAUGAUUUAUAUGUGUGCAUUCAAAUGAGCCAUCAACAGGCCACCGAUGACUCUUACUGGAGUUGACUUGAGGAAGCACAACAUAUUCAUCUCCGCAUUUACCAACUGAUUGAAUUGAAUUCAUCAAAUUACGUUCCCUAAAACAGUCGACGGCUGAAUGUGUGAAACAACUCUAUUGGAUAGCCAUUGGAGGAUCCACUCACCUACGUGCCUUAAAACAAUUUGACCGCUGAAUGUGGCAACCGGCUCCCUUGGAAAAGUGUUGCAUUUCUGAUGCUAAGCAAGUUCCCUGCAUUUUUUAAAAUCCCGUGAUGACUCUUUCAUAUGUGCACCCCUCGUUGGAAAUGGAAAAAAAAUGCUUGCCUGGGGGCCUUUCAUGUGAACAGUCUACCAGCAUUUUGUACGACUUACAGAGCUACACAGGAGUGUCUUACUUACCUCUAGUAUAUAUCAUUUUUUGGCAUUUGGGAGUAAGCCAUGGACUUUUUCAGCACAGAGGACCAUUGAUAACUUGUCUCAUCCUCUUCUGCCUGGUUGCCCACGGGAGCACUCAGUUUCUUUGUUUCCCCUAUCAGCAUCCCCUCCCUGCGUCUGUAGCACAAGCAGGUAUUGACUUUCUUUCACGUCAGAAAAUGAAGCAAGUCAACCACAUGGCUGCGUAGAAGCUCUCCAAGUGUGCCAAUUCCAGCUUUCUCUUCUCAGCUGCUCUGUGCCUUAGAAUUGUUUUCAGGAUCCUGGAACAGCUUACUGUAGCUUUGCUUUCUAUUUGUUACAAAUUUGGGGGUUGUAAGGAAUCACUGAGGGUGGGUGGGAUAAUGGGGACCCCUCAAGCUUCCAAGAUUUUAAACUCUCGGGGGCUUGAACAAGCCGGUUCUCCCCUCACCCCUAGCUGUUCUCUGUAUUUAUCAGGAUGUUUCCCCAAUUCCCUUCAGGUCAGUAUCCAAAGUCGUCUUUUUUCACAUAGCACCCCACAGGUAGGAACCCUGAGCUUGUCUGUGGGUCGCUCAGAUUUGCUGCUGUUGUGACUGGCUUGAAGCUCUGCCGCGUAACUGUUAUAACCAAUAGAGAAGACGCCUCCCUUGUACUAUGGGUGGAUUCAUUCACCAUACAGCCCUUUUGUGGCUGUGUUCACAGCCCCUAGCACAAAGUGGCAAUAUAUGCACUGGGGUGAGACACAAUCCACUCCUUUAUUACCAAGUACACGAAGGGUAGGCAAAGAAUUGAACGAUGCACUUUGACACCUUUGGAGGGAGGUAUCCUGACUUUGAGAGUUUUGUGAAUUGCUGGUUUACAGGUUCACAGGCUUUUUGUCUGUGUUAAGUCCUCUGUAAUGCCUGUCGCCGCCAUCACCCAUUAUGAUUGUGGAAGGCUAGCUUAUGCAAAUGACGCCCGAAAUGAUAGAGCUGUCCAGGGGAUACUCUCACCGCUUCUGCUUGCAGGGGAGGGAAUAUUGUAUGGUGGUUGGGUCGCAAAUCAGCUCUUUGCUGGUUCAAAUCCCACUACUGUAACGAAUUCACCUGGUGGCCUUAGGUAAGCCACUGCUCUCAGUGCUCGCUCCCCAGCUAUAUUGUGGGGAUAAUAAUAACACUGACCAUGUACACUGCUCUGAGUGGGGCACUAAUCUGUCUUGAGAAGUGGUGUAUAAUGCAGUUAUUAUCUUCAUGCAGAAAAUUCCGUGCAUGUGAAAAAUUAGACAUCACAAAGGAAUAGAGGUCUUUAUUUGGCCAUUCCCUGAUAUGCUAGACUUCUGCAUGCAGGAUGUUCUUUCUCUUUCCAGCCAGAAAACAUUCCACUCUGCAUUUUCUCACUUCCACUCUUUAGGACAGCCCUUCUCUAGUUUUAUCCCUUGAUGGGGUGAGGUCCUCAGGCAGUGUGAAAUGUCUAUUUUGAAUAAAAACAUGCCCAUCCUGUAAUCAUGCCAGUGAUGUUAAAAAGGUAUUAAAGGACAGCCGAUGUGUAAGAACUGGACUGAAGUAUAAAAAACAUACGGGCCCUUCAGAAGAUGGAGUAAAUUGGCUGUACCACAGUAACCAGGCUUACUAUCAAUACUUCAGAAGUAGAUGGGUGUCUGCUGUUGAGGGAAUCGCUCCUCUGUUACUGCAUGAUCUUACAAAUGUUUGGUGGUGGAAAGUGCUAUCAAGUCAUAGAUGGCUCGCUCAGAAUUUAUUCCCACCACAUUCACUAGAGCUGAUUCCUUGCCUCUCAGCUUUUGGAAACUUGCUGAAGACUCAGUCUCUAUACAUGAGAUAACUUACACAAGGAUGCUCAGGUAAAGGGAGAUGCAAUGUUAACCAGGAAGCCGAGUUUUAAAAGGUCAAUUUCUCUACCGCUGGCUCAGAUUGCUUCUCAGAGGGUUUAUUUCCUCUUUGCCUCACAGAAGGGGAGGUAAAACUGACAGUUCUAGAGAAGUGAAAUUGACAAAACCUUCUGAUCUGCUUUUAAAACUCCGCUUCCCGGCUAACAUUGCGUCUUCCUUCACUUGAGCGUCCUUGUGUAAGAUAUCUUGUGUAGAGACUGUUAGUGUCAUGGCUAAGUAGAUAUUUGAACCCAGGCCUCCCACAGCCAAGCCUACUGUAUCCUCUGUUCCUCAAAGUGUGCCCACUGGCUCAAUAUUUAGGAAGUUAACUCAUGUUGAUGGGUUCCAUCCUGGAGAAAUUUCAGACUGGCAUUUCUUACUUGCACCUUAGAGCCAAGCUACAAGUGAUGCCUGACACAGAUUGGACACUUGUCAGCUUCCCUUAAGUUUUGAUGGGAAAUGUAGGCAUCCUGGUCUUGCAGCUUCGCUCUCCGACUGCAGUCCAGGGGACUUUUCAACUGUCACUUGUCCAACGUUCCGCCAAGCCGCCUACAUUUCCCAUCAAAACUUGAGGGAAGCUGACAAGCGUCCAACCUGUGUCAGGCGUCACUUGUAGCUUGGCUCUCAGACUCGGCACAAUUCUACUGAUAUCAGCAGUGACAGCACAGUGUUUCGAAGAGUAUUCUGAACAUUUGUCACAAGCCACUGGACAAAAGCCAUUUGAUGACAUGUAUUUUUGGAGAUUGGAAGCUUGAGAAAUGACAGUUCACACAGUGCAAUCUAGGUUGGAAGAAUUCUACGUAGGAUGGCAACGUCUGUGAUGGCAAUUUUUAUUUCGCUAGAACAAAAGAUGGAAUAGAUGGAUCUAUAUUGUCUCAGAGGCAUAGCUGAGUUGGUCUGCAGUGGAGGAGGAAGAUUCAAGUCCAGUAGCACUUAAAAACUCAACAAGAUUUGCAGGGUAUAAGCUUUUGAGAGUCAAGCUCUUUUCAUCAGAGAGGGAAGGCAGCUUGACUUGAAGAGAACUUGAGUCUUGAAUGCUUAUACCCUGGAAAUCUUACUGGUCUUUAAGGUGCUACUGGACUCAGAUCUUAUGGAUAUAUAUAAUCACUGUCACUUUUAAAGACUGGGUCCCUUUUUUUCAAAAGGGGCUGAGCAUGUAACAGAGUACUCAAAAAAGUACUGCGUAUGUUCUCCAAACAGGCAUCUGUUUGAUAAUUGCCAUUACUUUGGCAUUUGUGGUGCUCCUUUUCACCAUCUAGAAUCAUCAUUUCUGGGUGGUUUGUUUUAGAGCUCUGCCUAUGCAUUCUUGAGCGACAUACGGUUUAACUUCCAUCUGUGUAUUGUUGCUGUAUAAUGUUCAGCCAUCCUGAAAAGGGAACAUUCGCUCAGGCGGCAUUCAGUUGUCAUGACAAAACCAGGUUUUAUUGGUUGGCAGUGGCACCCAACUGGGGCGUGCCUGUUUUGCUUUUCAGACAGCCUUCUCCUGGUGCCUUGCUCUAGGCAUAGGAGGCCUACCCACUAGGUGGAUCUAGGCAAUUGCCUAGAGCUCCAGAGGCACCAAAUGUGGUUUGCUGGUGGCAAGUGCCAGCUCUGUGGGCAGUGCCACCACCUGGCUAGCCAACCUAGAUGCUUGAGGUUCCCCAAAACCCAUUAGUCCAACCUUGCUUAUAAUAUUUUCCAUAUGGCAACAUUUAGGUUGCGGGUUGUUUCUGUAGUAGGUUCAUUCUUCUUCGUGCAAAAGGUGUGUUCAUUUUCUGCAUUCAGACGAGGCUGGUUUGUGAACUGCACUUCGUGCAAGCUAUGGCUUAUUGUGAAAUAAGAAUUCACAGAUCAUGGUUUGUGAAAUGGUUUCGUCCCUUUCAGCUGCCUAUCCACAGAGGUGCAUGGUACAAAGGAUGUAUUCUCUGGUGGGAGCAGGAGGGAAGGCAAGAAUGAACAGAUUUAUUUAGAUUCCUUUGAUGGCCACGGCCAACGUCAUUGGAUAUUGAAACACUCAUGCUAUGGCAGUCAAGCUUAACUGGACUGGGUUGUUCACACAGCAGAAUCCAUUUAUGAAUUAUUCCUAUUCUGUGACGGUAACGUGAUACCCAAUAUGCCAUGGUUUCCCUUGUUUUCUGAAUGCUACCAUAAUAUCCAUAUCAAAAUUGUGAUUUCCUCUUAAAGUUUAUUUCAACCCUGGGUGUUUUUCACACCAAAUCCAAGAUUAUUUGGGAUGGGCACGAACCACAAAAAAACAACCAUGUGGUUCAUAGGUUUCCACGAACCAGGAACCACAAACUCCCAUGAACUGGGGCAAGUUCCCAAACCAGUUCACGGUUCGUGGGGUUUAAAUGCCCCUUUCCAAGGCUGCUUAGCAGCAGGGGAAAGGGUAUUUA